GUCCGUGACGCCUCCGGAAGGAACGCCCGGGCCAAGAUGGCUGCCAAGACGGGGCCCGGAAGUGCUAACUCCUCCGGCUGUGCCGGGGCCAUGGAGAGGGUUCUACCUAUGCUGCUGGUGCAGAUCCCUGCCGAGGAGACGGCGCAGCUGGGAUCGCAGGCGCAGCUGCACCGCGAUCAGGAGGCCCUGGGGAGCCUGACCGCUGCGGGCAAUCUCCGAGUGCUCUCCCUGGCGCCGGGCAGUAGGGGUGGAAGCAGCUGCUGCCUCCACGGCCCCUUUAGACACUUCGUAUGGGAGGAGUCUCACAGCAGCACAUCAACAGACAAGCCCAGACUUCUCGCUGCCAGAGAAGACUAUGAACUGCGCCUGUAUGAGUUUGACUUGAAAGACGGAAGGUGUGACGCAGCCUUAUUGCACAGCUGCUGUGGGGGGACACUGCGAAAGCUCAUUGAAGAUCAAGACGUCAGCAUUUCCUUCAAGUCCUUGAGAAUUCUGUCAUUUUACAGCAACACGUCAUUACUGCUCAUCAAUAGAUGUCUCCUCCUACGCACUGUAUUUCCAGGUAGAGAGUCUGGGUUGAGAGCGCUGGACUGCCUCUUGCUGCCCUUGCCUGCACAGACGGUGGACAGUGUUAUUGACGUACAGCUCUGCAGGAGGUUUCUGUUUGUUCUGAGUACGCUUGGCUGGAUCUAUGUUUUUGACACUGUGACCGGCAUGCAUGUAGCUCGAGUGGACUUGGCUCUUCUUCAAGAAGAUCCUGAGCAGCAGGAGCCAGCCGCCAUUUCUUCCUUUACAUCAUUGAAAGUGUCCCAGGACUUAGAUGUUUUGGUGCUUGUCACCUCAUCUAAUACUGCAGUUGCUCUUAACCUAAAUUUGUAUUUCAGGCAACACCCAGGACACCUACUGUGUAAAGGAUCCCUGGAAGACCUUCCUCUUGAAGGGCCUAUGGGAAUAGACGAAGAUGACCUUGCUAACUCUAUGUACAACGUGAGACUGACAAAGGCGUCCUUUCAAGUUGAUAGGUCUUGGAGGGCCCAGCUGUCAUCCCUGAAUGAAACAAUGAGAAGCUCGAAACCAGAGGUUUCCUAUUGUGCUCCGUGGUUCCAGGGCGUUUUGCAUUCAGAGUCCCCAGGAUCUGGUAACCAUACUCCUAUUGGGCCAAACCACGUUUUCAUCCCAGGGGAUGUCACGCGUGGCCAGUGUGCUUUCCCGCAGAAGGAAUACAUCAAGAUCAGUGACCCAAGGAGAUUGUGCGAGACAGUGCACCCAAGUGAACAAGAGCAGCCCUCAGAGCUCAGGUGUCUGUCUGUGACAGGAUUCACUGCCCUGUUUACUUGGGCAGUAGGAGGGACCAGCUGCACCGUCAUCCUCUGGGACCUGGAGACCCAGAGCACGCAGUGUUGUUCUCUUAGCCAGAGGUGUACGCCUGUAGACAGCGGCGGAGACCAGCAGCUGUGCCUCAUUUUGACAGAAAAUGGUCUCUCCCUGAUUUUGUUUGGUUUAACUCAAGAGGAGUUUCUGAACAGACUGAUGAUCCACGGAAGUGCCAGCACUGUGGACUCCCUUUGCCACCUCAACGGCUGGGGACGCUGCUCCAUCCCUAUACAUGCUCUAGAGGCUGGCAUAGAAAACCGUCAGCUGGACACAGUAGAUUUCUUCUUGAAGAGCAAGGAAAAUCUUCUCACUCCGUCUUCAAAAUCUCCUGCUCCUGAUCAGCUGCACCACUUUUCAUCCCAUUCAUAUUUAAAACAGGUGGAAGAGAUGACACCAGCCCUGGAUUUACUUUGCUCAGCAAUUAGAGAGAGUGACUCUGAGACCCAGAGCAAACACUUUGCAGAGCAGCUGCUUCACCUCACCCUGUCCUUCCUCAACAAACAAAUAAAGGAGCUUUUCCUUUACAAUGAAGAGCUAGACGGGCAUCUACAGAAAGGAGUGGACGUUUGGACCAGCUACAUCAAUGAACUUCGGACUUUUAUGAUAAAGUUUCCUUGGAAGCCGGCAGAAGCCAUAGAUGAGUAUGCUGUGAAUGAAGAUGUCCUCACAGUAAUGGAGGGUGAAAUUUGGGAGAAACUCAGCUUUGAGGAAGUUAUUGCCGACGCCAUUUUAAAUAACAGAAUCCCAGAGGCGCAGGCUUUCUUCAGGGCUACCGGCCAUUCUGCUCAGCGGCUGGAGGAGCUGGUUAGGAUAGGCCUGGAUCUGGCGUUUGACAGUUUGAAAAAGAGCAACGUAAAAAAAGCCUCCACACUCUUGAGGAACAUGGGCUUCAAUGUGGAAGAUGAGUUGCUCAAGAUAUGCUUUUUUACAACUGAUAAAAGUCUACGGGACUUUUUGGUUGAAAUUUUAAAAGAAAAAGAAUGUUUUUCUGAAAAAGAAAGAAGAACUGUAGACUUUGUUCAUCAAGUUGAAAAGCUUUAUUCAGGACACUUCCUGGAAAAUGUGCAGACACAGUCCUUCCCCAGGUACUGGAUAAAGGAACAAGACUGUUUGAAGCCCAAGUCUGUCUUGGACACAUUCCUCAAACAUGAUCCAAAAGAUGAGUUUAACAAACAGGACCAUAGAAUUGCACUGAAUUGGGCGCACUGGUGGGACCAACAGACACAGGAACGUAUCCUUCUCCCCAGGCUGAGUCCAGAAGAAUACAAAGCGCGUUCCCCAGAAGCCCUGUGGAGACACCUCACGGCUCGCCAUGACUGGUCAAGCAUUAGCUUGUGGCUGGAAGAAUUUCAGAACCAGGAAAGUGUGUCACCUCAGCAGAAGAAGUGGCCCCGUCUGAGUGUUGAUGUCAUUGAUCAGAACACUUGCUGCAACAAUUCCAUGAGGAAUGAGAUUUUAGACAAGCUGGCCAGAAGUGGAGUUUUUCUUGCAUCUGAACUGGAAGACUUCGAACUCUUCCUCCUGAGACUGAGCCGGAUUGGGGGUGUAAUGCAAGGCACCCUGCCCGUGCAAAGCUACAGCUCCUCGCAAGGGUGGGACUUUGAUUCCCGCUUUAUCCUCUACUGCUUGGAGCACGGCCUGCAGCAUCUUCUGUACGUCUACCUCGACUAUCACAAACUUAGUCCUGGAAAUUGUCCUUUUUUGGGAAAGAAAGAACUACAUGAAGCUCACCCUUGGCUUGAAUUUUUGGUUCAGUGUCGGCAAGUUUCCAGUAACUUAACAGAUCCCAGACUGAUCUUCCAGGCUAGCCUUGCAAAUGCUCAGAUUCUCAUCCCCACCAACCAGGCCAGCGUGAGCAGUAUGCUGCUGGAAGGGCACACCCUCCUGGCCCUCGCAACUACCAUGUACGCUCCUGGGGGUGUCAGCCAGGUCGUUCAGAAUGAAGAGACAGAGAACUGUUUGAAGAAAGUGGACCCCCAGCUGCUGAAGAUGGCCUUAGCACCCUACCCAAAGCUCAAAGCUGCCCUCUUCCCACAGUGCACUGCUCCUAGUGUCCUGCCCUCUGACGUUACGCUCUACCACCUCAUUCAGUCCUUGCCACCCUUUGAUCCUAGCAGAUUGUUUGGCUGGCAGUCUGCCAACACACUAGCAAUAGGAGACACAGCCAGUCAGCUCCCACACUUUUCCAGCCCUGACCUGGUGAAUAAAUACGCAGUAAUGGAAUGUCUGAAUUAUGCGUACUAUUUACAUCAUGGACGCCCAUCAUUUGCCUUUGGUACUUUCCUGGUCCAGGAGUUACUCAAGAGUAAGACUCCCAAGCAACUGAUCCAGCAAGUUGGCAAGGAGGCCUAUACCUUAGGGCUCUCCUGCUUCCACAGCCCUUCCGUCGGGGCCGCCUGCGUUUGCUUCUUGGAGUUGCUCGGCCUUGGCAGCCUCAAGCUCAGGGUGGACAUGAAAACAGCAAAUGUAAUUUUGAGCUACAAGUGUAGAAAUGAAAACGUUAACCCCAGCUUCCUCAGAGAGUCUCUAGCCGAGAAGCUGUCUAAGCUUGCUGAUGGUGACAAGGCAACUGCAGAAGAGUUGCUCCUUCUUUUGGAAGAAGGCGUGUGGAACAGCAUUGAACAGCAGGGUUUCAGCAGGUUGUCCAGUGAAUCCAGCAGCCAGUGGGCAUUAGUGCUACAGUUCUGCACCCUGCAUGAGCUGAGGCUGAGCAUGUCCUACCUUAGGGAAUGUGCCAAAGCAAAUGACUGGCUGCAGUUCCUGGUCCACAGCCAGCUCCAUAACCACCACCCGCAAGAGGUGGAGUCUCUUCUUCAGGACUUCAGUCCAGUUCUUCAGAGCCACUUGAAACUGGCUUUUGAGAAACUGUCAUCGGGGUCUACCUCCCGAGUGGAUGGCGAUCAGGACCCCCCAUACCCCCAGGAAUGCCAGAGAAACAGAGAAGAAACGAGUGAUUUCUUUGAAAUUCUCAACCGGUGCUCCAAAGAGUCAGCCUCUUGGUGCUGGCUCCUAGCUGAAGCAGUGAAACAGCGGGCUCCCAUCCUCAGUGUUCUGGCCUCAUGUCUCCAGGGUGCCAGUGCUGUUCCCUGUCUCUGUGUUUGGAUUGUCACCUCUGUGGAGGACAAGGUUGCAGCUGAAGCCAUGAGACACAUCCAGGUCCCUGUGGAGGAUCAUCCAUGGGGCCUGGAGGACCUGUCAAUCAUCUGGAGAACUGUACUGACAAGGCGGAAGAGCCACACUCUCAUCCGAGGUUUCCGACUUUUCAUUAAGGACUCCCCACUGGUGUUGAUUACGGAGAUGUACGAACUGUGUAUGUUCUUCAAGGAUUAUGAGAAAGCCAAAGUCAAGCUCGCGCAGUUCCAGAAAAGCCUGGCAACGCUUGACACAGCGGCGACAAAGGUCCUUCCUGUCAUACCUGCCACGUGGAUGAAGGAUCAGGUGUGUUUCCUUCUGAAACUCAUGCCACAGCAGUGUGAGACGCAGUAUGAGCUGCGGAAGCUGCUCCAGCUGUUCGCCAGGACUGAGCAUCUUUUCCCUGAUGACGGUCCAGACGUGCAGAAGCUAAGUGUCCUCAGCCAAGUCCUGAAGGACACAGCUGUCGCUAUCAGCCCCACAGUUUUCUCCAGCUACAGCACUGAGACUUUUCAGCGUGAGUGUAGAUCUAUUUUGGAGAAGCUAAAGGCAGACGGGCAGUUCGCUGUGGCCAGAAGAGUGGCAGAGCUGGCAGCCUUACCUGUGGACAGCUUAAUGAUUGAACAGUUAAUCCAGGAAAUGCAGGCCCUAACACACACUCAGCAAUGGUCCCUGAAACAUGCAAGAAUUGACUUCUGGAAAAAAUGCCAUGAAAAGUUUAAGAAGAACUCCGUUUCAAACAGGGCAGCCUCUUCCUUCUUCUCCAGCCGGGCCCCUGCGGCAAGUGAGGCCCCCACUGAACAGGGCCGCCUUGAGGAGCGCCACCUGCUGCUCACCCUGGCGGGCCACUGGCUUGCCCGAGAAGAGCCGGUUCCGGUGGAGGAGCUGGAGGAACUGGAGAAGCAGAUUUGGAUCUGCCGCAUCACCCAGCACACCCUCGGAGGGGAUGCAGAGGGAGCCAAGCCCCGCCUCCCUCAACAGACAUCAGCUGCCGCUGAAGUCUCUCUUGAUAGCUUGGCCAGCGAGUUUUCCUUCUCCAAGCUUGCCGCUCUGAACACAUCCAAAUACUUAGACCUUAAUGGUCUUCCAUCCCAAGAGACAUGCGAGAGCGGACUGGACCGGAAGAAGCAGGCGGCACUGAACGUUUUAAUUGGACACCUGCUAGAUGGUGGCUGCGUGCAUGAAGCCAGCAGAGUGUGCCGCUAUUUCCACUUCUACAGUCAGGACGUCGCGCUCGUGUUGCACUGCAGGGCCUUGGCCUCCGGAGAGACCAGCGUGGAAGACCUGCACUCGGAGAUCCGAGCUCUCCUCCCAAGUGCCGCGCUGCCCGAGGACCUGGAAAGCCCUAGCGUCCCUCUUCGCAAAGUCCAUAGCACUUCAAGUUUGGAGAGUCAGUCAUUUGUGAUGGCACCACCCACAGAUGAAGUGGCAAAGAAUCUCCAGGCUCUCACAAGCAAGUGCCUCCAUGGGAAGAACUGCUGCAGGCAGGUCCUCUGUCUGUAUGAACUUGCCAAGGAAUUGGGCUGUUCCUAUGCAGAUGUUGCUGCCAGGGACAGUGAAGCUAUGCUCCGAGCAAUCUUGGCUUCUCAGCGCCCUGACCGAUGCAGACAAGCCCAGGUCUUCAUUAGCACCCAGGGCCUUGAGCCAGACACUGUGGCUGAACUAGUGGCUGAAGAGGUGACACGAGAGCUACUGACCGCAUCAGAGGGAACAGGAAAAAAGCAGCCUUUCAGCCCGGCAGAGGAAAGCCAGACAUUUCUUCAGCUAACUGCUCUCUGUCAAGACCGCACAUUGGUAGGCAUGAAGUUGUUGGACAGGAUUCCCUCUGUCCCCCACGGGGAGCUGGCUUGCACCACAGAGCUGCUGAUCCUGGCUCAUCACUGCUUCACCUUUACAUGCCACAUGGAAGGCAUCAUCAGGGUCCUGCAGGCUGCCCGGAUGCUUACAGAUAACCACCUGGCUCCUAGCGAGGAAUAUGGACUGAUGGUACGGCUCCUCACCGGCAUUGGAAGGUACAAUGAGAUGACAUAUAUAUUUGACUUGCUGCACCAAAAGCACUAUUUUGAAGUUCUGAUGAGGAAGAAGCUAGAUCCGAGUGGUACCCUGAAGACAGCCCUACUAGACUACAUCAAACGCUGCCGCCCCGGAGACAGCGAGAAACACAAUAUGAUUGCCCUGUGCUUCAGCAUGUGCCGGGAGAUAGGGGAGAACCAUGAGGCAGCAGCCUGCACCCAACUGAAGCUGAUUGAGUCUCGGCCCUGGGAGGAAAACCUCAAGGAUGGAGCGCAACUAAAACAGCUCUUGCUUAAAGCCCUGACUCUGAUGCUGGACGCAGCGGAGAGCUAUGCCAAGGACUCCUGUGUGCGACAGGCCCUGCACUGUAAUCGACUCACCAAGUUGAUAACACUACAGAUUCACUUUCUGAACAGCGGCCAGAACACCAUGCUUAUCAACUUAGGCCACCAGAAGCUAAUGGACUGCAUCAUGGCCCUGCCGCGGUUCUACCAGGCUUCUAUUGUAGCCGAGGCCUAUGACUUUGUUCCUGACUGGGCCGAAGUUCUCUACCAACAAGUGAUUCUUAAAGGAGACUUUAAUUACUUGGAAGAAUUUAAGCAACAGAAGUUACUAAGACCCAAUAUAUUUGAGGACAUUUCCAAGAAAUAUAAACAACACCAGCCUACCGACAGGGUCACAGAAAACCUGAAGAAGUUACUCUCAUACUGUGAAGAUAUUUAUCUGUAUUACAAGUUGGCAUAUGAACACAAGUUUUUUGAAAUUGUAAAUAUGCUUCUGAAGGACCCUCAAACAGGAUGCUGUCUUAAAGAUAUGCUCGCAGGUUAGAAGAUCUGGAAGGUGCCUGGUUGCGUAUUUGUACCUCUACAGCUCUAAGGGCCGUUCCGU